AACACUAUUCUAACCAUAAUCAGAGAAGCAUCUCUUUACAGUGAACAGCAGUGAAUGCAGAGAGUCACGACUUCUCAAGGUGCUGAGAAUAAGUGGAAGUUGAGGUCUCAGCCAUAAAUGGGUCAUUUAUCCCACCUUUUAAGGGAUAUUAACUGUUUCAGACCAAAGACAGUCUUCUUACGGACAGACAGCAAAGGUGUUAUAUUCGUAAAGAGGAGCUUCUGAAUUGUAUCCUAGGAAUUUAGGAAGACAAGGUAAACAACCUAAGGCUUGAAACAAAGCAGCCCAGAGAGGUAAUGAUUUAAUGGAAAUGGAAAACUACACCAGAGUCAAAGAACUUAUCUUCCUUGGCCUGACCCAGAGUCAAGAAGUGAGCGUGGUGCUGUUUCUUUUCCUUCUCCUGGUGUAUGUGACAACUCUGCUGGGGAACCUCCUCAUCAUGGUCACCGUGACCUGUGAGGCCCGCCUUCACACCCCCAUGUAUUUCUUGCUCAGGAAUUUGUCUAUUGCCGACAUCUGCUUUUCCUCCAUCACUGCCCCCAAGGUUCUGGUGGACCUUCUCUCAGACAGAAAGACCAUCUCUUUCAAUGGCUGCCUCACUCAGAUGUUCUUCUUCCACCUUAUUGGAGGAGUGGAUGUGUUUUCCCUGUCAGUGAUGGCUCUAGAUCGAUAUGUGGCCAUCUCUAAGCCCCUGCACUAUGUGACCAUCAUGAGCAGGGGCCGUUGCAUUGGCUUAAUAGUGGCCUCCUGGAUGGGAGGCUUUGUCCAUUCCAUCGUGCAGAUUUCUCUCUUGCUCCCACUUCCAUUCUGUGGACCUAAUGUUCUUGACACUUUCUACUGUGAUGUCCCCCAGGUCAUCAAACUUGCCUGCACAGACGUCUUUGUACUGGAGCUGCUGAUGAUUUCCAAUAAUGGGAUGCUCACUACACUGUGGUUUUUCUUGCUCCUGGUAUCAUACAUGGUCAUAUUAUUGUUGCUGAGGUCUCAGUCAGGAGAGGGCAGGAAGAAAGCCAUCUCUACCUGCACCUCCCACAUCACUGUAAUCACCCUGCACUUUGUGCCCUGCAUCUAUGUCUAUGCCCGACCAUUCACUGCCCUCCCCACGGAUAAAGCCAUCUCUGUCACGUUCACAGUCAUCUCCCCUCUGCUCAACCCCUUGAUCUACACUCUGAGGAACCAGGAGAUGAAGUCAGCCAUGAGGAGACUCAGGAAAAGACUUGGACCUUCUGAUGGAAUAGAGAAGUAACUUCUGCCUGAUGCCACCUUAAAUGUUUCUAGCAUAAAUAAACUGUAGUUUCUAUGCUGCCUUUUCUGUUAUUCUGAUAUAUUAAGACACAAAAAAAAUCAAGCUGAUAGGUCUAAUUCUUCUUUGCAUCUUCAGUGUUUGGAAUCAUGCCUAAACCACUGAAGCUCUAAG